UGCCCAUCAAGAGCUGCAUCCAACCGUGUUGCCAUCCUCUGGCGACUUCGCAGCUGGGUUUCAUGCUCAGCUUGCCGCCUCAUUCUUUCUCAGUGCACAGAGGAUCCUACUUUUUCGCAGGCCAUGCUACAAGCCAUGCUGACGUCAUUCAUGUGCACUGUACCGCCUUGUGUGGCUGGAUAUUAUAUGCUGUGCGCCUUGGGCUCAUAGGAGAGCAAUGUAGUGAAUAGUGGUGUGCUACCUGCUGCGAGUGUUGCAUUGAAGCACAUAGGGUUUGUGCAAACGUUAGUUGCUGGCAGCCACUGCAGCACACAUUUGGGAAACUCAUGAUGGUUACCUUUGCAAGCGCAAGGAACACUUCAUUCCACGAUUUUUGUAUACCAAAAAAGACAACUUGGUGAAAAGCAACUUGGUGAGGAUGGCCGCAUGAUGGAUUGGCCGAGCCGCGUGAAGCUGAGCGGGAUUGCGGACAGUGCUCUAAGUUGCUUUAACAGCCUUUACACCUUCAUCAGAGAUGCUCCAGCAUAUCGUUUUCAACACUGGCCCUGCUGGGGCACUGAAUGCAGACGCCAUUUUAUUUACAUUUCAGUAUUCGGGCUACCCUUGAAUGGCGUGGAUGCCUUUACAGUUUGCUUCAGCCACCGUCUGCCAGAUGGUGCAUCCAAAGACAUCCAGAUGUCAUGUAGGCUCUCCGCUUUCGACAUUGAUUCAGCGCGUCGCUCCUUGUGGGAGCAAACUCUCGGGGGCUGUGUUUGCCACGGUAUCACGGGUGGCCCCGUGGCUGGCUGCGUCAUUCUUCGCCCUGUACUUGGCCUAUGGGACAGCCUUCAGCCGCACUUGCAAGAGCGGAAGCCUCCGGCAAAGGCAGAUUGCGGAGAGCGCGUGGAGCCUGGCAGAUGCCAGUUGCAUUACACCAAGCAUCGCUGCAGGCAAUGGAGCCAAAAUGCUGCAGUCGCAGAGCUGGUCCAGAAUUGGAAGGACGAAGCUGACGCUGCAGCUGAGCGAAGUGGCUCCUCGGCGGCUUGUGUGAGGGUGUCAAGCCAGAGCGAGAUUGAUGUUGAUCAUGGUGUUUCCAGCACAUCCUACCAUUCCAUCCUGCCUGCGGCGAACAUUUCGCUUGCAGCCCUGACUGUGUGGGAAAAGCAGGGUACCAUCUCCAUGAGUUUGACCAACUUCUCCAGCAAGAUGUUCUUGGAGAUGAUGUGGGAUGGCUGGGCAGGUAAGGACAAGCAACAAGGACGCCGACGCGGCCAAUUCGGUGAUGGCCUGCAGUCGGCAAUUUGCGUACUUUCACAGCAACCCGGUGUGACCCUUCGCAUCUACUCCAGUGGGCACACGUGGACUUUCGGGUGGGGGUUCAAAACCCCGACCGCACGAGUCCACAACAUGGAGACUUUGGAGGUCACCACAGCUGCAUGUGAGGAGAAGCUGCCAGAUUCUUUGGGCAUGGCCAAUCAAGACACUUGCAUCUACAUCACGGGUUUGGAGAAAGCAGCCUUUGAUAUGACUCAAUUCCUAUUCCUUUGUCCUGCUUUCGAGGUGGUGAGUGGCACCUACGGCGACAUUUUACAAGGUGACGCCUUUCGAGGAUGCAUAUAUGUCCGGGACAUGAGGGUCUUGACCGGUGCUCGGAACCAUCUCGGGCUGAACUUGCGCGACAUUGAAGUGACGAGUCGUGACCGGAUCGGCCACCUCGAAGAGAAUCAGAAGCUUGUACACACCUUCAACGUAUGGAAUGAUGCAGCGCAGAGGUGCCAGCAGCUGGCAGAGUUGUUGUAUGACGCGAUUGAUGAUGAGGAUUCCCUGGAGGCAACAGCCUUCCACAGAUACCUGCAAUAUCUUGAGCCUGCCAUCCCUGGAAUGCUGCACAACGUGUUCAGGUCCCGACAUCCUGAUUCCUUACCCGUAUCCAAGACGGACUACAAGGGGCACAAAAUGGUGGUUGCAAAGUUGAAGAAGAACCCGGUCAACAUAUCGGACAAGCUUUUCAGGGUCCUGCGGUCAAGUCUGAAUACCCCAGAAGAACUGUGGCAGAAACAGCAGAACAAACUGGCAGAGUCUGCCGCAGAGGCCAGAUCUUCAUCAGCUCAUUCGCUUGCAAUGCGCAUUGCGCAGCAAAUUUUGCGCACAACACUGACGGAUCGAGUGCGGUACGAGUCAUGCCCAGGCACCGACAUCACACUGGAGCUGAUAACUGACUCGGACGUUGAGAAAAUUAUCGUUUCGACGCGAAAUGAUGAUGGGCCCGCCAAUGAGGCGCACAUUCGUCCCUUCAGCGAGCUUGUGCAGAUUCGGCAAGCUAGCAUGAUCACCAAUGGAUCUGCUAUAGACUGCUUGCAGAGGCAGUUGAAGCGUCAUAGAGUGCAACUCCUGGGGUAUCUCAUCCGCGACUUGGGUUGGGCUUAUCCGGUGGAAUUAGAGUUCAAGUGUUGCCUUGCAGACCUGGAUGAGAGUCAGGUCCGGUACGUGCGUGAGCCAAGCCUCGAGACGCCGCUGGUGAUGGCAGGAUAUGAGAACAGUUUUCGCGGGGAGCAAAAGGCAAAAAUUAUCGUCAACCUCGCAAAGUGUGAAUUCCACGGGGAAUCGCAGCAGUCCGACUGCCCACAUGGCCCGGAGUCCUGCUUCUGUGGCCUGGACAUUAUCUUGGAUGGCCUGAUGGAAGAGCUGUGCCAGAAGAAGCCGAAGUUGUCAAAACAGCAGGACCGCUGGGUGAAUGCCGCGAAAAGGAAGUUGUACAACAAACACCAGCACGAAUUCAACUUUGGGCAGCGUACGCAGACGCCUGCUGGCAAUUCAUCGCAAGCUGCAGGCCCGCAGGUUGUUUGCAGCUCUGAUUCUGAGGAGCAGCAAAUUAGUCGCCUUUUGGACUGCUGGACGAGUGGUGACUUCUCCGGCUUGACGCAAUCCGAGAAGCAAGCCAUCCAUUUGGCCGAGUUGGUGGAUUCUCGACGAGCGCAGGCUAUCAGCGUGGAUGAUGCCCAGGAAGCUUGGCUCGGGGACAAGAUGAACGACUGCUACGUUGCAGUGCAGGGAGUGCUGGACAAUCUCUCGCCCAAAGAACUGGAUGGGGUCCGCUGCGAGCGGCUUUCUGCUAAAGGAUUGUCGGCUGGUCGUGGCCGAGCUGCGGCAGAACGUGUGGAAGCCCAAGUGGGCCAUGCUGCCAAGCCGUCUCUCAAACAACUGCGGGAGUUGUUGGCCCAGUCGCUUCGCCAUGUGAAGUUGCCGCACAAAGACUGUACUGUCUUGCAGAGCAUUCACCAAGGAAUUGCCAACGUCAAGAAAAGACGGAGAGAGGAGGAAUCCCAUGCGGGUGCGCCUCGCCGCAAAGACGCGCCUGCCCGCCCAGUGGGCAGGCAUAGAGAGAGGCGCCCACAAGAGCGAGCGCGAUGGCAGGAGCACCGCCCGAGGAGAAUCUCUCAGCCAGACAGUUGGCAGCCGCAGCAGUGGAGGCCGGCACUGCGAAGAAGGGCGCAGACCGCGAUGGUGCUGAGCAGCGCAGAGACGAGGGAAAUUCGUUCCUAUGAGUGGCGGGAUUAGCAGCCAGCUGCCAGUUGAACUGCCAUGGUCUGCCUCCUGGGCCGAUGUGUCCUGCGCGUUUUGAGCGCGAACAGAAGGAGAAGCCCGAGAUAGAUCGACCCAGAUGAGCGCCAAAGGAAUCCGAACCAGAGUUAGCGUUGUUGGUAGCUGAUCUAGAACUCAGACAGCUUGCCAAUGGUUGCUUGCAAAAACAGCCGGCUC